AUGCUGAUUAUGGUGGCUGAAAUUUCAAAGCAUUCAACACCGACCGAUCUAGAUGUGUACUGCAAGUCAACGCUGAUACGCCACGAGCGAUGGAACCCAAUCUGCGACCUCCCUGAGACUGAAAAGACAUUUCCCGACGGAUACAAGGCUGAAGACAACUGCAAAACACUCGGUGAUUUGCAGGAUGAAAUCGAAAGCAAGGAACUAGACACUCCCGAUGAGUGUGCCCAGCUUUGCAAGACCAAACCUGGCUGCCUAGCAAGUGUCUGGGCGUAUCCGAUCGGCCUCUGCUCGAGGUACAGGUCUGAUGAAGUCGGAGAGGAGGUCAAUGGCGCGGGUUUCAUGCGCCGAGCGUCGCCCGUAACGGAGCCUCCUCUCACUGAUCCAGGAUGUGACGAGGAGUUGGGGCGGACAAAGGCUCUACUAACUGAUACUCGGGAACGGAAUGAUGAGCUGGAUGACGAGCUGCAGAAAUGCUUGGAUGGUCGCCGUGACGAUAAGACGGCCUAUGCCAGAGAAAUCAGUGAGCUUAAAGGCAGGAUCUGCGACUGUGAGGCCAGGCAGCCCGAAGUUGACCUCGUCUGGGAGCGACGCAAGGAAGCGAUGGAAAUCUGUGGAUAUAAUGGACGUCGGACUAUCCAAAAGGGAGGCGUCGUAUGGGAACCCUUCUGCGGUCGUGGACCCACUCGUGCCAGAAUAUAUAGACAAAUGGCCGUGACCGUUGAUGGGUGUCCUGAAGAGUGCACCAGGGACCCCAAAUGCAAGUCAGCCAGCUAUGUCAUCAUGAACGAUCCUCACUGCAAAUUUUUCGAAGAGGGAGAGCUUAACGAAGGUAGUCAUAAUUAUCGAAGACGAGGACACUUGCCCUAUUGGGCCCAGUAUUGCAUUUGUUCCCACUCGCCCGAAAUGAAGGGCUUGCGAAUGUUCCCAUGA